GCUUUACCAAUGCUCAUUCAUUGUCAUCUACGUUCUCGACACGUUUGCGCACAAUGACCAGAACAUCAACAUUUGACUUUGAAUACGAUCCUUCUGUGGCGGAUUUCGCCGUAUCCAAGCGCGCGUACCUUGAUGCGCAUUCAGACGUUUCGUACCAUUACAUCGCCACAAGCGCGCUUGUUAUAGACACCAGAUACGUAUCCAUUCCUCGGGUCUUACUUCUGCAACGCGCUGCCAGCGACUCCAAACCUAAUCUAUGGGAGCCUCCGGGCGGGGCUUGUGAUGAUGAAGAUGCAAGCAUCCUAAAUGGUGCUGCCCGAGAACUAUUGGAGGAGGCUGGCCUUCGAGCAACCCGAAUCACCGAACUUGUCGGUGAUCCGCAUUUCUUCACGACGCGAAGUGGGAAGUUGGUUUGUCGAUUCUAUUUCGCAGCUCUGGUGGACAUAAGUGAUGAGAACACGCCUGUCGUGAAGCUAAACCCCAAAGAGCAUCAACAGUUCGUUUGGGCAACUCUGGAUGAGGUUAAGGCGAAACAAGUUGGUGACAUUGCUCUGCAAUUCACACGAGACGAAGUUCACCAAACGGUCUUACGAGCGUUACAAUCUACGAAUAAUUAAUUAGAGGAAGGUGCUAUGAAAUAUUAUGGCGGAGCUAGCGAUAAGAUAGGGAAACUACUAGCCCGGUCAAUCUUAUUAGGAGUUAUUGAGUGGUCACAACUGCCGGUUAGGACUGGUGGUUAGCACAUCCAUGAAUUAAAUAGCUCACGAGAGACUCUCUCACUCUCUUUCUCUCUCUCUCAAUCUAACACUCUCUCACCUAUAAG